GGAAGCACACACUUACAGCAUCUGGAAAAAUUUAGUCGCAGAAAAGGACAGUUCACUACUCAAACCUGUACGCUUGGGGAAAAAACUUUAAUGAGGUAACUACAUCUUCAGUCACCAACACUGACUACUGUUGGAUUCCUUUUUUCUUCUAUGAGCUGACAUCGUCAAUAUUAACUGCCAAGGUGAUCCAACACACCUCAAUACAUCAAACUGAUGCCAACUAUUUAUAAUCAAUGUAGGCUAUUGGAAGAGGCGAGAAACUUGAAUGUGUUCAUUCGUUUUAUUGGAAAUGUGGAUAUUGCACACCUUUGCAAUUCAAAGCAAAGAGUUUUUGAUGCUCCAUGAGCGUCUCUAAUUUUCCCCCAAAAACGUUUAUGGAAACGUUUGUACAGUUUGUGGUGCUGUGCACAGAGCCUCGUUGGACAGCAUCCUUGUUACAUUGACGGGACAUCUCAACAUAGCCGCUCCAAGAUGAGAUGUGAUAAAGCGGUCACCUACCUAAGGAUUGUCGGAACAACAUUUUUUGGCAUUUCGCUGCUUGUGGGAAUCUCUACUGCCUACAUCAUGGGGUACAAACUCAUAACAACUGCGGGCAACUACUUGUCCUUUGGUCUUUAUGGGGCAAUUCUAGUUGUUCACCUCAUCAUCCAGAGCUUGUUUGCUCUGUUGGAACACAGAAACAUGAAACGUUCCCUGGAAACCCCGAUCAAACUCAACAAAUCACUGGCCCUUUGCAUCGCUGCCUAUCAAGAGGAUCCAAACUACCUGAAAAAGUGUUUAAUAUCUGUGAAGAGGCUCACCUACCCUGGGAUAAAGGUCAUCAUGGUUAUCGAUGGCAAUAAUGAUGAAGACAACUAUAUGAUGGAGAUCUUUCAGGACAUCCUGGGCCGGGAUAAGGCAGCCACGUAUGUGUGGAAAAGCAACUUCCACCAUCGAGGGCCAGAGGAAAGCGAGGAAUCAUAUGCUGAGAGUCUGCAGCACAUAUCUCGCCUUGUACUCAAUAAUAAGUGUGUGUGCAUCAUGCAGAAGUGGGGCGGGAAGAGAGAGGUCAUGUACACUGCCUUCAAAGCCCUGGGAAGAAGUGCUGACUACGUACAGGUAUGUGACUCAGACACCAUGUUGGAUCCAGCCUCCUCAGUGGAGAUGGUUAAGGUUCUAGAGGAAGAUCCCAUGGUCGGUGGAGUAGGUGGAGAUGUACAGAUUCUGAACAAAUAUGAAUCGUGGGUCUCCUUCCUCAGCAGUGUAAGGUAUUGGAUGGCGUUCAACAUUGAAAGAGCUUGCCAAUCAUAUUUUGGGUGUGUUCAGUGUAUCAGCGGGCCCUUGGGGAUGUACAGGAACUCCCUGCUUCAUGAGUUCUUAGAAGACUGGUACAAUCAGACAUUCAUGGGAAGCCACUGUAGUUUUGGCGAUGACCGCCAUCUGACCAACCGAGUUCUGAGCCUGGGAUAUGCCACAAAAUAUACUGCUCGCUCUAAGUGCUUGACUGAGACACCUAUCACUUACCUACGCUGGCUCAACCAGCAGACCCGCUGGAGUAAAUCGUAUUUUAGGGAGUGGCUUUACAACUCAUUGUGGUUCCACAAGCAUCACUUGUGGAUGACCUAUGAAGCCGUCAUCACAGGCUUCUUCCCCUUUUUUCUCAUUGCCACUGCGAUCCAACUCUUUUACCAGGGCAGGAUCUGGAAUAUUCUUCUGUUUCUGCUGAUCGUUCAGGGGGUGGCGCUCAUCAAGUCCUCCUUUGCCAGUUGCCUCCGUGGAAACAUUGUCAUGGUUUUCAUGUCCUUUUACUCAGUGUUAUACAUGUCAAGUCUGCUUCCGGCAAAGAUGUUUGCAAUAGCCACAAUCAACAAAUCUGGAUGGGGAACGUCUGGACGGAAGACCGUUGUGGUUAAUUUCAUUGGGUUUGUUCCAAUCUCAGUUUGGUUCACAAUCCUUUUUUUUGGCUUUAUUUAUACAAUAAUCCAAGAAACGCGAAAACCCUUCCCAGAGUCUGAAAAAAUUGUUUUAAUCAUUGGUGCAAUUGCAUAUGCCAGCUAUUGGGUUGUGUUUUUGACUUUGUAUGUGGUUCUUAUAAUGAAGUGUGGCAAGAGGAAGAAAGGACAACAGUAUGAUAUGGUUCUUGAUGUAUAGUAUUUACCCCAUUGCCCCUCCCCCUUUUCUACGUUUACAUUAUAAACAAUCUCAGUCUGCUUUCUAAAGUCGGGCUUUCCACAGGUGAAAGGAAGUGACACCUCAAGGAGACAUCUUUGCUGCUGCGACUGAUACUAAGUAUAUUCCUUUGAAGUGAUAAAGGACGUUAGAAUAAUGUUCAAACUUUUGAUGUGAGCUUUGACACUUUUAGUAUGCUACCACCAAAUGACAACUUCUUUGCACUUUCACGUUCACUCUAAAUAUGCACAAUGCUUGAUAGAACUCAAAUACCUCAGUGGUUAUAUGUUAACCACUUUGUGCUAAGUGUAUUGUGUGAGUGACUGGGAUAGAGUAAGAUCUUUUUUUCAAUUUUCCCAAGUAAUUUAUGAUUUUGACAUUAGUUUGUUUUAUAUAUACACACCGAUCAGCCACAACAUUAAAACCACCUGUCUAAUAUUGUGUAGCUCCCACUCGUGCUGACAAAACUGCGCCAUCCCGCUAUCGCUUCUAUUCUUCACACAAAAAUAGAGUGGUUAUCUGAGUUACCAUUGACUUUGUCAAUUCAAACCAGUCUGGCCAUUCUCUGUUGAACUCUCUCAUCAACAAGGCAUUCCUCCACCCUCAUAACUGCCCCUCACUGGAUGCUUUUUGUUUUUGGCACCAUUCUGAGUAAACUCUAAAGACUGUUGUACAUGAAAAUCUCAGGUCAUCAGCACUUACAGAAAUACUCAAACCAGCUCAUCUCGCAGAAUGCAAUUCUGAGAUGCAGGUUGGCGCUGUUGUUGCGGCACGAGGGGGAGCUACACAAUAUUAGGCAGGUGGUUUUAAUGUUGUGGCUG